UAUUUUCUUUUUGAAUAUAUUUUCUACACCGUGGUUUCUCAACCAGAGGUGAUACAGCACUAUCUCCAAAUGUGGGGCUGUUGUGUAUUGUCACGGGGAGAAGAAAUGCUACCAGCAUUUACUGGAUGAUGAUCAAGGACACUAUGCAACCUGCAAUGUGUGGAUCGGUCUUACACAAUGAAGAACUGUCCCACCCCAAAUGCCAAUGGUACCCUGUUGAGAAAGUUAAAAGAAUAUUGGCACAGAAACAGCCCUGGUGGUCCAGCAGGAGCGAAGAAGAACAGGAAAACAAAUGGCAGUAGCCCUGAGACAGCCAUUUCUGGUGGUUCCCACUCACCUGGGGAUUCAGCAACAGGUAUCGACGGAGAGGGCCCUACGUCAUCUGCACCCCCCAAGGAUCUGGAGAGCCCGUGCCAAGAACUAGCAGCUGUCCUGGACUCGAGGUCCGUCAAAAUCAGUCGACUGAAUAACAUCAUCAAAUCUCUGGAACAACAGAAGAAACAAGUGGAACAUCAGCUGGAAGAAGAAAAGAAGGCAAACAAUGAGAAACAGAAAGCCGAAAGGGAGCUACAGGUUCAAAUCCAGAGAUUGAAUAGACAGAUAAAGAAACUAAAUACAGACAUGAAUCACACGAAACGUUCUCUCAGAUACUUUGAAGAAGAGUCCAAGGAUCUGGCUGGCCGCCUGCAACAAACACUGCAGUGUAUAGAAGAGUUAGAGCAGGCUCUGUCUGCUGUCCCCGCCACACAGGAGGAGAAGGAGAUCAGUUUCUCAAGCCGCAGUCAAGCACUUAUUGAGUGGCAGUUAGAGCGGUCCACACAGGAGAAGGCACGGCUGAAAGCACAGCUGACACAGAUGAAGGAUUCACUUAAACAAGCCCAUCUAGAGAGAGAUGAAUAUGCUCAACAUCUAAAAGGAGAGAGGGCCCAGUGGCAGCAGAGGAUGAGGAAAAUGUCACAGGAGGUUUGCACCUUGAAGAAGGAGAAGAAGGAUGACAUACGUCGGGUGGAGGAGCUGGAGAGGAGCUUGUCCAAACUCAAAAACCAGAUGGCUAAACCCCAGCCCCCGGAGCCCCCAGCAGUGCCCGCUGAGGAGGAGCUGCAGCACCUGAGGAAGGAACUAGAGAGGGUGUCAGCAGAGCUCCAGGCCCACGUGGAAAACCAUCAACACGUAAGUCUCCUGAACCAGCCACAAAAGGAGAGGCUUCGGGAGGAGGAGGUUCGGGAGCAGGAGAGAGAUUCAGCAGGCUGGGCCGAGCCACAGAGCGGUGUCGAGGAGCUGAACAAUGAGAACAAGAGCGCACUGCAGUUGGAGCAGCAAGUGGAGGAGCUACAGGAGAAGCUGGACGAGGAGUGCCUGGAAGCUUCCAGCCAGCAGAGCCAGCAGCUGAAUGCCCCGUUGAACCUCACGGCUCUCCCUGGGGAAGGAGAUGGAGGAGGACAUCUGGACAGUGAGGAGGAGGAGGGACCUCAGCCCAUGCCGAGCGUCCCAGAGGACCAGGAGAGCUGGGAGGCCAUGAGCGGCUUUAUGGACCACCGGGAGGAGAUGGCGGACCUGAGUGAGCUGGUGGAGAAACCCGAACUUCCAUUCAUCGAAUACUGGGGAGAGAGAUGCCAUCAGAAUGUUCAUCAGCUUCUAACAGAGGCAGGGGGCAGUGCCGAGGAUGCAGCAAUGGGAGGAGGACAUCAUCAGGCUGGUCCAGCACAGGGAGGAGAUGAAGGUGGAGCUGCAGGAGAUGCUAUUAUGGCUUGUGUGGACCACAACAACGAGCACAGCAAACUCCUGACCUCUUCCCAGAACCCUGGUCAUGAGCCCCGUCCAGGAGCCCCAGCCCCCCAGGAGCUUAGGGCUGCCAACCAGCAUGGUGAUCUUUGUGAGCUGAGCCUCAGCGACAGCGCCGAGACUGGGCAAGGAGAAGCCAGGGAGGGGUCUCCCCACGACAACCCUACUGCACAGCCCAUCGCGCAGGAGCACCAGGAGCACCAGGAGCACCCAGGCUUGGGCAGCAACCGCUGCGUGCCGUUCUUUUGCUGGGCUUGGCUGCCAAGAAGAAGGAGAUAAACAUCACCAUCAUCAAAGAGCUGGUCAAGACAUUUUUUAAAAAGAAACAAAGCUAUGGGGUGAAUCUCCUACACAAUCCAUUUACUUCAUUUGAAUGUUAGAGCCACUCUUGAUUAUUUUUGUUUCCAAUUUAUAGUUUAAGUUUAUUUGUAAAAAGUUAAAGGAGAGUGGGUCUCUGUGGCCUUCACUGAGGUUCACUCUGGCAUCCUUUAGCAUUUUUCUGUUUUAAUUUCAUAAUUGUAGGUCAUUAGCAUGUAUAUCGAGUUUGCCGUUACGUGGUGGGAGUUCAAACACACAAAGACCCACUGUUUGCACAAAACUAUUCUCGCUGUUUGGAACAGGCUGCCAUGCUUUUUUAAUGUUAUUGCAGCAUCAGAAUUCAGAUAAAAUUUGCUUAUGUUCUGCUAUUAUGUUUGAUUUAAUCUUAAUCACAGUGAGCCCUUCAUUAGCUGAAUAUGCGGUUUGCCCUCAAGUGUGCACUGUUGAUUACUUUGUAAUAUAUGCCAGCGUGAGUACUGACAUUAGAGUUGUUUAAAGUCUGAGAACUGGAAACAGCCUUUCCCCCAUUUUCUGUGUACUGGUGAUGGGAGUAAUAACGUUUUGGGGAAGCUUUUUAAAUCUCACAGAAGAGGACAGUGGCCUGCUCCGGCAGGAAUGUGCGGGAUACAGUGUGUUUCGUUUGUUCCGGUGCCAAGAACGAGCGCUGUACUAUGGCAGUUCCCUUAGGAUUCGUGUGUGCUCUGGGCUCAUGAAGAUAUUGCAUCAGGAGCUGCAGCAGUUGUACUCUUUAUCUGUCACCUAAAAAGGGAUUAUUUCUGAGGAAUGAAAGGCUCCCAUGAUUGACUGUGGAUGUGGAAAACCUUUCCUAGCUUAGAGCAUUUGUAUCUGUAAUACAUUUGAAAAUCAGAGUUCAUGUUACCUGUUUUAAUCACAUGACUACAUGUCCCAGUACACAAAAGGGCGCUGGCUGGCAUUCUUCUUAAUGUAUUUAGUAAAGAUCAUAAGAAAUCCUUUAAGAGUUUAAAUGUCCCUGGAACAGGCAUACAGGCUCUAGUCAAGAAUGAAUUAGAGUGAAGGAAAGCUGUGUGACACCUGGCAUUCCUCUGUUCAUGGAGCUUCUUUGAGGCUUGAAGAUUGAUUUUACCAUCUAGACCUCUCUGGCUAAUACCUAUUCUUCAACCACCUUAGUUACUCUGACAUAGGAAUUUACUUGUUUUCCUUGAAUGGAAAACACUUUAAAAAAUAAUAACAAACAUUAUUAUAAAUUAAUAUAUGUGAGAGUACUUAAUUGAAACAAGGAGUUUUAGUAGACAGUAUUAUACUGUCUUUGAAAAUCAAGGAGAACUUUAUGCAACUUAAGAUGUUUACAAACUGCAGUGCAAUCUACUGUUUGUGAAUGUCAGUGUAUUACGAGGUAACGUGUCUAUACAAUCAUAGGUAUAUUUCUUCGCAAAUUUCUUUACGAAGAGUGAAAUAUGUUUUUGUACCUCUCAGUUUCAGUUAGGGACAUAUUUUGUGCAGUAUUUAUGUGAUCGUGCCUAUGCAUGAUGAAUGAAUGAAUUUCAGUCACACAUUGCCUAAAUCAUAACUUGAUGGUGCUUGGGAAAGAAUCAACAGUUAAAACCUCAUGAGGUUCUAAUGUCUGUGUCCAAAACACAUCACAGUAUUAGGAUGUAGGGAGAUACGUACGUGUGCUCCCUGGGGUGGGGAUUUCUAGUUACCAGACCAUCUCCAUUUUUAGCAUCUGGCAUCCUUAUGACACUUUUAUAAAUAUGAUAUUCUAACAGGAGAGCAAAAUACGAUUUUACCGAUGGAAUAACAGAUUUGCCUGCAUUCACUGAAAGAGCACAAAUAUUGGGUCGUUGUGACUUCAAUGGGAGUCUUCCAAAUUGUAUGAAUGUAUCAAUGUAUUAGAUAAGCCCAGUUUCAGAAUGAUAAAGUAAAAAAUGUUAGACCAAAUAAUGUGGCUAAUUAGCAGUGGUCCGAUUUCUAGCCCGUGGGUAAGUCCUGUUCUUGCCUUUUAUUUUCUGAACUUGCCACUUUUGCAUUCUUUGAGUUCAGUUUAAAGACAGUUACUUUAAGUCCAUUGUAAAACCUCGGGCUAGAAAUCGGACCACUGUUAAUUAGCCAUAUUAUUUGGUCUAAUGUUUUUUCUUUAUCAUUCUGAAACUGGGUUUAUCUAAUACAUGGAUAAAUUAUUUCAAAGGUACUUUUAUCGUUGAAAUAACUUCACUUUUACCCUGAUAAACAUGAGUGACUGGGCAUGACCUUCAGAUAGUGUUUAGCAUCUGUGACCAAUCUGACCAUACUGUGUUCAUCAGGUGCCGAUGGGUUAAAUCACACACCGGCAUGUUCCAGUUGAAUGUCCAUCUGGAAAAUAAAUUUACUGUAUUAACUGAAAUUCCACUCUUUGUGUAGGUAUUUGUCAUAUAUUUAAGAAAAAGCUAAAAAGAAUGGAAAUGAUAUGACAAUAACUUAAGUCUUUCUUCAAAGUGCACGCAGUCUUUUGCGAUACCUCAUUCAGCCAAGUAUUUGUGCUCUUCCUCAUUCAGUGUAAGGCAGCUUUCGAUUUGCUUAGAAGGCAACAUUGGAAGGUUAGAGUUCAUCAGAAACAUAGAAUUUUAAAAUGUGAGUUCAACUGAAUAAAUUUGAAUUUCUGUAGGAAGAAUCAAAACACCUAUUUAAAGAUUACAAUAUAUAAUAAUCAUUUUAAAAGUAUUUGAUUAAACCUGAUAGGUUUUCCAGAAAUGAAAAAAAACAAAAUGAGCUCUAAAACCAAAGCUGACUUUUAGGAAUUUGAAAAUGUAAAUCAGCCCUAUCCAUAAUAUAGUUAGUCUAAAAUCUUAUCUUAAAGAGUCAUUUUUAAAACAAUAUAACUAUUAAAAAAUGUAACUGCUAUCUUAAUGUUCUGAAAUAAGUUAAAACAUUUUAAAAUAUGAACACUGUAGUUUAAAAGAAACAAAUGGUGGGAAGAAAAAGCAAAGAAAGAAAUGCCAAUUCCAGCCCAAAGCUUUAUUUGUCAAGUUUUCUUAGAAUGAAUUUUACCAAUUUAUGAAUUCUUGUAAACAGAAUGUAUAAUAGAAAUACUGAAAGACCUUUGCCUAAAGUGGCAUUAUUGACUGCUGGUGUGAUGCUACUGUAAUGUAAUAAAUGAUUUAAUUGUUGCAAA